GGGAAACACGGAAGUUUACAGAAACUGACACAAUCACGACGGCUUAGCGGAGAAGUAAACGCAGUGAUGGGUGAGGUGAUGCUGUGCACGGCUCGGUAAAGGAUUGGUCUGCCGUGUCGAUCUGAUGGUUUGUACUGUAUCAGGUAGUCUGGAGAAGCAACCGAUCAGCCAAGCCAUCGCCAGGCGAUCUCUAACGACACAUUAAUUAGAACGCUUUAACUUUUUACUACUUGAGAAGUUUGAGUCAGACUUUGUAAUCAGAAUGAGUAACGGGGUCAACGAGCCCCCUCUCUCCACCGAACAACCGGAGGGACUCAAGCCGAAGGAUGUCAGUCAGAUGAUCCUGGAGUUCCUGAUGUUCAUGAUGAGGGCGAUAGCCAUCUGCUACCCCGUGUAUUUGACGGGCACAUUUGGACUAAGCGUCAGCUGGAUUCUUCUGAGCAUGUUUAUGUGGACCAUGUGGAAAAACAACCGCAGGUGGAAAGAGCAGAGAAUCGACACAGCCAUUGACUUUUUAGAAAAUGAGAAGGACGUGAUCAGUACUGAACUCAAAGCCAUGGACAUGCCACCUUGGAUUCAUUUUGCAGAUGUUGAGAAGGCUGCGUGGAUCAACAAGAUUCUUCAGCAGUCAUGGCCGUUCUUCGGAGUGUACAUGGAGAAACUACUCAUUGAAAACAUCCAGACAGUGGUCAGAUCAGUCCACCCUCAUCUAAAGACUUUCACCUUUACUAAAGUUCACAUGGGACAGAAGGCUCCAACUAUUACUGGCAUUCGGGCGUAUACAGAUGAGCUGGAAACAAGAGAAGUCAUUCUUGAUCUCAACAUUGUUUACGAGGCUGAUGUGGACAUUGAUGCUGAUGUAAACCGAGCCAUUAAAGUAGGAAUCAAAGGGCUUCAGCUUCAGGGGAUGCUGCGUGUAAUUCUAGAACCUCUGAUUGGCCAGGCACCCCUUGUAGGUGGAGUCACUAUGUUUUUCAUUCGUCGACCUGCUCUGCAAAUCAAUUGGACUGGAGUGACAAACGUUUUGGAUGGUCCAGGUUUAAGUCAUUUGUCAGAAUCAGCCAUUGUGGACGUCAUCGCCUCUCUCAUGGUUCUGCCCAAUCGCAUGUGCUUCCCUUUAAUUGAUCAAGUCAAGGUUGAACAAAUGAGGUUUCCUCUUCCUCGAGGUGUUGUACGCGUCCAUGUUCUGGAAGCCCGCGAUCUUGUAGCAAAGGACUCACACAUGAUGGGACUAGUAAAGGGCAAGUCAGAUCCAUAUACUGUGCUGAGAGUUGGAAACAAGCAUUUCAAAACAAAGACCAUCAAAGAAACUCUGAAUCCACGCUGGAAUGAAGUUUAUGAGUUUGUCAUUCAUGAAGCCCCGGGGCAGGAGUUGGAGGUGGAACUCUACGAUGAAGACAAAGACGCUGAUGACUUUUUGGGCAGGUUCAGUAUGGAUUGUGGGGAUGUGAGAAAAGACCGAGAGAUAGAUAAGUGGUACACUCUGGAGGACAUUGAGAGUGGUCAGAUACAUUUUAAACUGCAGUGGUUUUCUUUGUGCUCAAACCCAGAACUGCUGAAGGAGACCAGUGAUGGGCUUGCUUGUGCUAUGCUGGCAUUGUAUCUAGACUGUGCAUCUAAUCUGCCUAAAGAUCAACGUGAAGUCACCCAUAAUGAAAAACAUGGAAAACAACCUAAAGAGUCUCGGGUCACUAGAAAAACAAAUAAUCCCAACUCCUAUGUGGAGUUUUCCAUUGAUCUGCAAAGUCAGAAAAGCAAGGUUGUGUUUGCCUCAAAAGACCCGAUUUUUGAUGAAUGCUUCACAUUCUUUGUGCACAGUGUUAAAAACCAAGUGUUAAAUGUUGAGGUAAAGGAACAUGAGAAGAAAUCCUCACUGGGCAAAUUCAGUCUGCCGUUGGUGCGGCUGCUCAAUGUUUCUGACAUGACUUUGGACCAGCGCUUUCAGCUGGAGCGCUCCGCACCCAAUAGCCAGGUCAAGUUGAAAGCUGUUCUUAGGAUUCUUACAUUAGAGAAACAACAACCAAAGGUUGUCACUUCAGCACCUCAGGAUAAAAAUACAUCAACCCCAAAUCGUCCUGAGCCACGUACUCCAAAUCCAACUUCAAAUCCAGUUCCAAAUCCAGCUCCACCUCCGGCUGCAGCUCAGCUAGUACAGAGCAACCCAAAAGAAAAAGGGCCCAUUUCAUCAGUCCCGCUCUCUAAAACCCAAGUUCCAUUUUCAGUUGUGCCCUUAAAUGAUCUUCAAGCAGAGUAUCCUCCCUACAGACGAAGCACUUUUGUGGGCUCAGAGGGGCUGCAAUCGACCCCUUCCACCCCCGGUCCAAUGCGACGCUAUGAUUCCCACAGCCUUUUGUCUGAGAACUCGAUUGCUUCUUCACGCGUUGAUCUCACAGACAGUUACCCUUACCCAGAGGCCAUCAUGAAUCAUCAGGGCACCUUUGGACAGAUCCAGAUUACAUUGCGUUAUGCCACCUUAAGAAAGCGGCUUAUUGUGAUAGUCAACUGCUGCAACAAUCUGUUUUCCUCCAAUGAGAGUGGCUCUGAUACUUACGUUCGCAUGUAUCUGCUGCCUGACCAGACGUGGAAACACCGAAAGCGCACCGCUGUUAAAAAGAAGACUGUGAAUCCUGUCUUUGAUGAAACUUUUGAGUUUGCAGUGUCACUGGAGGAAGCAAGAAACAGAAAGUUGGACGUUGCUGUAAAAAACAAUAAAAUGCUUCAUAAGAGAGAGCGAAAAGAGAUUGGAAUGGUUUUGAUUGAUAUGUCUGAAAUAGAUCUGACGAAGGGCUCAACAGAAUGGUAUGAACUCACUCUCCCGGGGCUAAAGAAGACAAACUGGCAAAGCUGAGGUCCACUAGUCUGGGAUCAAUAUAACUGAGAUUUUUAGAUGUUACUGAUAAAAUACUGUCAUUGAUUUUGAUUUGAAUUCACAAUUCCUAGUUUAACAUGAUAUUUCCUUUUCAUUUUUGUUUCAUACUGUGCCAAACUAUAGGUUUCUAUUCUGUAUGAAGUUGCGGUCUUAUGUGUGUG